UUUGAGAGCGAGGCUGCGGCGGUUGCUAUGGGCCGUUGCCAUGGCCAAGGUGGUACACAGAGAGCCGGGCAGUGGGCAAGGCAAGGCAAGUUUCCUUGGGAUUAAAACAAACACUUCCUUGGAAUUGCAUCCAGGAUGGAGGAUCAACCUCUCCUUCGUAGACCUUUGCCACCAAAAUGCAUACCUCUGUCUUGUUCUAAAGAACCUUGUGAACCUGAGAGUACAUUUACUAAUAUGAUUUUAAAAUAUUUUGAACCAAUGCUUGGUACACGCAAGUCUUUUAUAACCGAUUGGGAGCAUUUUUAUAAAACAAAGAAACUGAAGUCCAAAAAGAAGAGAAAAACCGUUUUGGACGAAAAACCAAAGCAUUAUAUAUCUGUUUUCCAUAAAUUUUUUCUCAGUGAACAAGCAGAUCCAAGUAUUCCAGAAGAUGACCCUCGAUACUACACUCCACCGAAGUUCACAUUGGAUGAUUUUCUUCUGAAAUCCGAUAGCAAAGCUCUUGCUCUGAAGCAGCCUGUAACCUUGACAAAUCCCAUCUAUUCCACCUAUAACCACCAUCAACUUGUAAAUAUACUCAUCCAUGAUGUUCUGAAAAGUCACCAGACCGAAGUGAACAAAGUAAAAUUAUCAAUAGAUUACAUCCCAAUGCCACUAAUUCCAAUCCCUGAAAGACAACUUAAUCUUGAAUUGGCAGCUGUCAUCAAAGAUUACAUGCGGACACAUUUAACACAAGAACAAGAACAUUUUAAAAGUGGUAUCAGAAAAGAAUUGACUAUGGAAGAAAAACAUUUGCUCCAAACAUUUAACAAUUUACCUGUUUAUCCAGGCCAAGAUAAAAUCAUUACCCCUCUUAUAGUGACUCAAAGGUUUUAUGAAUCUCAGUACAGUCAUACUUCCUUCCCGAAGUAUAAAUCAAUCAGAAAAUUAAGCGACUCUGAAACAGCAGUUCAGGAUUCAGUAAAGAAAGGAGGAUUCUUGUUAAACUUGAGAUUGUGCCAGAAGGAAGAGUAA